AUGCUGCAGACUUGGGUUAUUCUGUGUCCCCAAGAGAUCGAAGAGACAGGAGUUCUUGCUGCGGCUGAAGAAACUGAAAGACAUUGGUACAAGUCCGACAAGAAUAUGUGGAUGAGUAAAGUGCGUGACAAAUGGGACACCCUCAUGUUCCAGCAGGCGCAUAACUGGGAGAAUCAAGAUCUACCAGAAGAAGUGAUGAUGAAGCUAUCAGGCAUUCCUAUGGAUGGCGCUGAAAGAAGUGAGAGAUCAUGGGCGUUGUGA